CUUAAUUUUUUAUUGGUAUUAAACUUGUGGUGUGGUACGCCUAAAUCACCAAGAUGAGUUACAUGCCAGCGCAAAAUCGUACAAUGUCGCAUAACAAUCAAUAUAAUCCGCCAGACCUUCCACCAAUGGUCUCAUCCAAGGAGCAGACGUUAAUGUGGCAGCAAAAUUCGUAUCUCGGCGAUUCUGGUAUUCAUUCCGGUGCGGUCACACAAGUGCCGUCGUUGUCGGGCAAGGAGGAUGAGGAAAUGGAGGGCGAUCCACUUAUGUUCGAUUUGGAUACUGGAUUUCCACAGAACUUUACCCAAGACCAAGUGGAUGAUAUGAAUCAACAAUUGAGUCAAACUCGCUCACAACGCGUGCGCGCCGCAAUGUUCCCCGAAACAUUGGAGGAGGGAAUCGAAAUACCAUCAACUCAAUUCGAUCCCCAGCAGCCAACUGCUGUGCAGCGUUUAUCAGAACCAUCACAAAUGUUAAAACAUGCUGUAGUAAAUCUUAUCAACUACCAAGAUGAUGCUGAAUUGGCCACACGUGCCAUACCCGAAUUGAUUAAGUUGUUGAACGAUGAAGAUCAAGUGGUUGUUUCACAAGCCGCCAUGAUGGUUCAUCAGCUGUCAAAGAAGGAGGCUUCUCGCCACGCUAUUAUGAAUAGUCCCCAGAUGGUGGCCGCUCUUGUUCGCGCAAUUUCCAAUAGCAACGACUUAGAGAGCACCAAGGCUGCAGUUGGUACUCUACACAAUUUGUCACAUCAUCGUCAGGGCCUAUUGGCCAUUUUCAAAAGUGGUGGCAUUCCAGCUUUGGUGAAGUUACUCUCUUCACCCGUCGAGAGUGUUUUAUUUUACGCCAUUACCACAUUGCAUAAUUUGUUGUUACAUCAAGAUGGUUCGAAAAUGGCUGUACGCUUGGCUGGUGGCCUCCAAAAGAUGGUCACUUUGUUGCAACGCAAUAACGUAAAAUUUCUAGCCAUUGUUACGGAUUGUUUGCAGAUUUUAGCCUAUGGCAAUCAGGAGAGUAAACUAAUAAUACUGGCUUCGGGUGGUCCAAAUGAAUUGGUACGAAUAAUGCGUUCGUACGACUAUGAGAAGUUGCUCUGGACUACUUCGCGUGUGCUGAAGGUACUUUCGGUAUGCUCCAGCAAUAAGCCAGCCAUUGUAGAUGCUGGCGGUAUGCAAGCUUUGGCUAUGCACUUGGCAAAUCCGUCACCACGUUUGGUGCAAAAUUGUUUGUGGACAUUGCGAAAUCUUUCAGACGCCGCUACAAAGGUUGACGGUCUCGAACCACUGUUGCAAUCCUUGGUUCAGGUAUUGGCUUCAACAGACGUUAACGUUGUCACUUGUGCCGCUGGCAUUCUAUCGAAUUUAACUUGCAACAACCAACGCAAUAAAGCUACUGUUUGUCAAGUAGGUGGCGUUGACGCUCUUGUACGCACCAUCAUAAAUGCCGGUGAUCGCGAAGAGAUCACCGAGCCAGCUGUGUGCGCAUUACGCCACUUGACUUCACGUCACGUUGACUCGGAAUCUGCACAGAAUGCUGUGCGCCUUAACUAUGGGUUAUCGGUGAUCGUGAAGCUUUUGCAUCCACCUUCACGUUGGCCGCUCAUCAAAGCCGUUAUUGGUUUGAUACGUAAUUUGGCAUUGUGCUCGGCCAAUCAUGCACCGCUACGCGAGCACGGUGCCAUACACAAUUUAGUGCGUUUACUAAUGCGCGCAUUCCAAGACACUGAACGCCAACGUUCGUCAGUUGCCACAACUGGCUCUCAACAACCAUCUGCUUACGCCGAUGGCGUUCGCAUGGAGGAGAUCGUCGAAGGCACUGUGGGUGCUCUACACAUAUUAGCACGUGAAUCGCAUAAUCGCGCCCUGAUUCGCCAACAAUCAGUUAUACCAAUAUUUGUGCGCCUACUUUUUAACGAAAUCGAAAAUAUACAGCGCGUUGCCGCCGGUGUACUUUGUGAGUUAGCUGCCGAUAAAGAGGGCGCCGAAAUGAUCGAGCAAGAGGGUGCCACUGGUCCGCUCACUGAUCUAUUACACUCUCGCAAUGAAGGCGUUGCUACAUAUGCAGCAGCUGUACUAUUCCGCAUGAGCGAGGACAAGCCGCAAGAUUACAAAAAACGUCUUUCUAUUGAAUUGACCAAUUCAUUGCUGCGAGAAGACAACAACAUGUGGGGCAAUGCCGAUUUAGGCUUGGGUCCGGAUCUACAGGAUAUGCUUGGACCCGAACAAGCAUAUGAGGGUUUAUAUGGGCAAGGCCCGCCGAGUGUACACAGCUCACAUGGAGGUCGAGCAUUCCAACAAGGAUAUGAUACUUUACCAAUAGAUUCAAUGCAAGGCCUGGAGAUAAACAGCCCAGGUGGAGGUGGUGGCGGCAGCGGCGGUAACAGUGUACCACCAAGUGGCGCACCAACGUCGCCAUAUUCUAUGGAUAUGGAUGUAGGUGAGAUUGAUGCUGGGGCCUUGAACUUUGACUUGGAUGCAAUGCCGACACCGCCGAAUGAUAACAACAACUUGGCCGCUUGGUAUGACACCGACUGUUAGACUGAGUAGUAGGUGGCGGAGAAAAAUAAAACAAUAAAUAGAAAUAAACAAAAUCUUUCUCCAACAAUGCGCAUUUUCAACAGCAAAAAAAAUCAAAUAUUUUGUGUUUUUGUUCGAUCAUGAUUUUAAUUCUUUAUUUACGAUAGUAUUAAGCCUUUGCUUCCAUUCGAAGUGUAACGUACAUUUUUUCUUUUACUUGCACUAUUUACAUUUUAUAAAUAUAAACAUGCAAUUUUUUAUUAAACACACAUAUUUUUCUUCAACGAAAAUGAUUCAAAUUGAUGUAGCAAUUUUUAAUAUAUGUAUGUAUGUAGAGCCAUGCAGUUAAGAAAAAAAGAACGCAUUUAAAAAAUCCGAUUACAAAACGAACUCAUUCAAAUUUCCCUGAUUAAAUGCAACUAGCAAGAAGAGCAUCAAAAACAGAUGAGUAUUAAAAAAAAUUUU